GCCAGACAGACAGACAGACAAACAGACAACAACCUAAAGAGGAGCUAGCCGCAAGCAAUUUAUUUCACUCAACGAGCAUAACUAUCUUGGGAGAUUAUAUUUAUACUGGAUUUAAUAAGGUCUAAAAAUAACAAAGUGUAUUUUGACAUCAACGUCGCACGUUUUUGUAUCUUUCUUCGUAUGACUACCUAACAGUUAGCUUAGCUUGCUAGCAAGCUGCAAGUGUGGUAACGUUAGCUAGCGGGUUACACAGGUGCUAGUUAACCAGCUGCCAGAAUGAAUGUCGCAAAAAGUGGUUAUCGGGUCUUCUCUGCCAAUUCUACUGCAGCAUGUACAGAACUAGCCAAGAAGAUAACCGAAAGACUAGGAGUUGAAUUGGGCAAGUCGGUGGUCUAUCAAGAGUCUAAUAGAGAGACCAGAGUAGACGUGAAGGAAUCUGUUCGCGGCCAAACUAUCUUCAUCAUCCAGACCAUACCCAGAGAUGUCAACACGGCCAUCAUGGAGCUGCUGGUCAUGGCCUACGCCCUUAAGACCUCUUGUGCAAAGAACAUAAUUGGGGUCAUUCCCUAUUUCCCCUACAGCAAGCAGUGUAAGAUGAGAAAAAGGGGUUCCAUAGUGUGCAAGCUGCUGGCUUCCAUGCUAGCCAAAGCAGGUUUAACUCACAUCAUCACCAUGGACUUACAUCAGAAGGAGAUUCAGGGCUUCUUCAGUUUUCCAGUGGACAACCUGCGUGCCUCCCCCUUCCUGCUUCAGUACAUCCAGGAGGAGGUCCCAGAUUACAGAAACGCCAUUAUUGUUGCAAAGUCACCGUCUGCUGCUAAGAGAGCUCAGUCCUAUGCAGAGCGGCUGCGUUUGGGCCUGGCAGUGAUGCAUGGCGAGGCUCAGUGUUCAGAGUCUGACAUGGCGGACGGACGACACUCUCCCCCCUGUGUCCGUAACACCUCAGGACACCCUGGGCUGGAGUUGCCUUCUGGCAGCAAACAACAAGCUCCGUUCCCAGGCAUAGAGCUCCCAAUAAUGAUGGCCAAGGAGAAGCCCCCGAUCACUGUUGUAGGAGAUGUCGGUGGAAGAAUCGCCAUCAUUGUUGAUGACAUCAUCGACGACGUGGAGGACUUUGUGGCGGCAGCUGAGAUUCUGAAGGAGAGAGGAGCUUAUAAGAUCUACAUCAUGGCUACACAUGGGCUGCUGUCUGCCGACGCCCCCCGUCUUAUUGAGGAGUCCGCCAUCGACGAGGUGGUGGUGACUAACACCGUCCCUCACGAGGUACAGAAGCUCCAGUGUCCCAAGAUCAAGACAGUGGACGUCAGUAUGAUCCUGGCCGAGGCCAUCCGACGCAUCCACAAUGGGGAGUCCAUGGCCUACCUAUUCCGCAACAUCACGGUGGACGACUAGGGCAGAGACAUAGGGUUGAGUCUGUGCUGGAGGUGAGGUAUUCGGCGGAAGGUUGGUUAUACAUGCUAUGGUCCCCUCCUCUCUCCACAGUGCUAGAAGUGCAUAAUACUGUCCCUGUUGUCUGCACCUUCACACACAGCCUUGUUCAGAUGACUAGGACGAGGGGGAGUACCGUCAUCAUAUCCCCUAUUAUAAACCAAUAAAAUGUAUUUUCAUCAGCUUUUAGUGCCCGAAACAUAACAUGGAGUUGCUCAAUAAAAGUGAUAAAAGAAACAAAAAGUUAAGCAAUACUAAAAGGUUGAUUUAACGUGCAUAUUUGUUGUCAGGUCUUUUGUGGGUUUUUUAUUGCCUUACUAUGCUAAGGUCUGGCAAACCAGCAAUGCAUGACUUACUGUACCUUACCUCCAUG